UCACUCACUAUUUCUCCAGUGACCUCGAACUUGACCUUCCUCAAACACAAAGUAAUGUGGCCAAAGGCAGUGUCGAGAGACCGGGGUCUGUGCGUCUGCCAGCAAGCGCAAAGUAGGUGGCGCUGGGAAGGCACGAUUGGCAACCCUCCCCCGCCCGGCGGGGCGGACUACAACUCCCGGCAUGCCCCGCGCGCGGCACCUGCCCGCCUCCAGCCGCGGAUCCCGGUGGAUGCAGACGCCGGGGCGAGCGAUGAGGAUGGACGCUGGGGAGGCAGCGCCGCCGGCGGGGGCAGGCGGCCGAGCCGCGGGCGGCUGGGGCAAGUGGGUGCGGCUCAAUGUGGGGGGCACGGUGUUCCUGACCACCCGACAGACGCUGUGCCGGGAGCAGAAGUCCUUCCUCAGCCGCCUGUGCCAGGGGGAAGAGCUGCAGUCCGAUCGGGAUGAGACCGGGGCCUACCUCAUUGACCGUGACCCCACCUACUUUGGGCCCAUCCUGAACUUCCUCCGGCAUGGCAAGCUGGUGCUGGACAAGGACAUGGCUGAGGAGGGGGUCCUGGAGGAAGCGGAGUUCUACAACAUCGGCCCGCUGAUCCGCAUCAUCAAAGACCGGAUGGAGGAGAAGGACUAUACGGUCACGCAGGUCCCACCCAAGCACGUGUACCGCGUGCUGCAGUGCCAGGAGGAAGAGCUCACGCAGAUGGUUUCCACCAUGUCUGAUGGCUGGCGCUUUGAGCAGCUGGUGAACAUCGGCUCCUCCUACAACUAUGGCAGUGAGGACCAGGCAGAGUUCCUGUGUGUGGUGUCCAAGGAGCUCUACAGCUCCCCACACGGGCUGAGCUCCGAGUCCAGCCGCAAAACCAAGAGCGCGGAGGAGCAGCAGCAGGAGGAGCAGCAGCAGGAGGAGGAGGUGGAGGUGGAGGUGGAACAGGUGCAGGUGGAGGCAGAUACACAGGAGAAAGCCCAGUCAUCUCAGGAUCCCGCUAACCUUUUCUCCCUCCCCCCGCCCCCCGCCGGAGGUCCUGUCUCACCCUCACCCGCCUCCUCUCCCUCCUGGAUCUCCUCUGCACCCUGCCUCCUCCCUCUCUGCCCCUGUCCCGGUUUUCUCUCUGCCUGCUCACGCCUCCAUCCCAGGGCUGCCCUGGUCCCAGCCUCCCGCGCCCUCCGUCCAGGCGCCCCGGCCCCGCACCCCAGAGCAUCCUGCCUGCCGCCUCCUGCACCCCUUCUGGCACCUCCUGCCCCCCAGCCUGAGGACGAGGGGCACAGCUGCACCCCCUCUGUGCCCGCCAACCCCGCCGGGCCCCUCUGAGGCCGCUGCCCCGCCCCGGCACCUCACCUCCUCGUCUCCUCCUCACGUUUCCUCCUUGCAGGUUCCCGUCCGCACCCCCUCAGACCUGAGGCUGCGCUGGCAGUGAGGGCUUCUCGGCCCCUCACCCACCCGCAGGGCCGCCACCCCCGGUUUGCAGCUUGGCGGCGCUGAGGGAGGGGUGGAAGCCAGGAGGGUGCGCGUCUCUUGUUCUUGGACUUGAGCCACUUUCGGCUGAUCCUCUCCCCUCACCUAUUCUGGCCUUGGGUGCAAGGCUCUGAGAGGAGAAGAAAGCUCGGGGGCAGAAGUGCUUUCCCACCUGCCCGUCAGCGUCAGGGCCAGGCUGGGAAGGAGGGAAGGGAAACCGGAGCCAGACGCCUCGGCCUCAUCCCUGCCCAGCCAGGGGCAACCGUGUCCUGGCCGCAUGGAGCUGGGUUCCCUCUCUCUACGGGCACGGGAAGGAUAGGCCACGCUUGGAUUCCCUUGGCCUAGGGGAGUCAGCCAGAGCUGGCCAAGGACUGGGGUGUGGCAGAAAGAGCCCCCACUCAAUCUUACCUGCCUGCUGUGUGACCCUGGGCAGGUCACUGUCCCUCUCCGGGCCACAGUUGCCUCUAAAAUGGGGACAGAUAGCUGCUGCUCUCUGUGACCUUUAGCCUGAGACACUGGCGACCUGCCUCUCUUGGCCUUGACCCCUGGCCAGAGUCUUGGCAGAAUCUGGCCUCUUAGGCAGAGGUGCUCAUCCAGCCGAGAGUGGGGGAUGUGGCUCCCAGACAGGCAAGCCGGGUCCCCUUCUGCUCCACGUCCUCAGCUCUGAAUCCACCUCCUCUGGGCCUCAGCCCCCUCCCCCCUCUCAGAAGGGACCCCGUGACUCACCUACCUGUUUCUCUCUCCCUCUCCCCCCCACUCCAUUUCAUUCUCCUCUCUGCCCCUCCCCCACCCUGCACCCCCUUCACUGACCCCAACCUCUCACCCUCCUCCCCGUGUUCUAACCAUCCCUCAUCCUGUCCCCCUGCCCCUACCCUUCUUAUUUUCUAGCUGUUACAAGCCAGAGGCACGCGGAUGUGAGGCCCCAGAUCACCUCCAGGGACUUGGGGUUCCGAUCUGAAAUCCUUUAUUUUUGUACCUCGGGGUGGGCCCCCCGCCCGAGGCGGAGGAAGCGUGCCCCCCCUUGCCACUUC